GGACGGACAGUUAGCAGCCUGGAGAGCAGGGGUACAGUCGGAGUAAACUCAGCCGGACCGCAGAGACAGGACCGGAGCGAGUCUUCCUGCCGGCAAUGCAAACGCUGAGUGUCGCAGCUAGCUAACGUUAGAGCUGUCCCGACAGACGGGGACUGAUCCCGAUGGUAAAAGCUGAGCGACGAUAGAGAAAAGGCGACAUCAACAGGAAAGGGUUAGCUUAGUUUCAAUGUUAUUGUUAAUUAAAAGCCACAUAUGGUCACAAUGUCCUGCACUGGCAACCUGGUUUGGGAUGUAAAUAAACGCUUAAUUGGAUACAACGAGCCUAACACCAUCAGGACCAACUAUCUCGGUAGAAGAGAGUUUGUGCAGCGGCUUAAACUUGAAGCGACACUGAAUGUACAUGAUGGCUGUGUCAACACUAUAUCCUGGAACGACACAGGAGAAUACAUCCUAUCGGGGUCAGACGACACCUUUUUGGUUAUUACGAACCCGUACAACAAGAAGGUCAAGAAGUCCAUACGUUCAGGUCAUCGGGCAAAUAUCUUCAGUGCGAAGUUCAUGCCCCACACUAACGAUCAGCAGAUCAUCUCCUGCUCCGGAGACGGCAUCAUCUACUACACCCACACUGACAAGAGUCCCGAGUACAACAGACAGUGUCAGUUCACCUGCCAUUAUGGAACAGCUUAUGAGAUUAUGACGGUACCAAACGACCCCUACACGUUUCUGUCGUGUGGGGAGGACGGCACGGUGCGGUGGUUCGAUCUACGCACGAAGACGAGCUGCACUAAAGAAGACUGCAAAGACGACAUCCUGAUAAACUGUCGGAGGGCAGCGACCUCUAUAUCCAUUUCUCCCCUGGUGCCGUAUUAUCUGGCCGUGGGCUGCUCUGACAGCUCCGUGCGAAUCUACGACAGACGCAUGCUGGGCACCAGAGCAACAGGUAACUACAUGGGCCGGGGGACGACGGGCAUGUGCGUUCGCUUCGUUCCCGCUCACCUGUCCAACAAGUCGUGCAGGGUGACGUCUCUCUGCUACAGCGAGGAUGGUCAGGAGGUGCUGGUCAGCUACUCCUCCGAUUACAUCUACCUGUUUGAUCCCAAAGAUGACCAGGCCCGAGAGCUGAAGGGCCCGUCUGAGGAGAGGAGGGAGGAGCUGAGGCAGCCUCCAGUGAAGCGCCUCCGUCUACGAGGUGACUGGUCUGACACUGGACCCCGAGCUCGUCCUGAGAGUGAGAGAGAGAGAGACGGGGAACAGAGCCCAAAUGUGUCUCUGAUGCAGAGGAUGUCGGACAUGUUGUCUCGUUGGUUUGAGGAGGCCAGCGAGGCUCAGGGCAGCAGAGGCACCCGACCACAGACACGACCCCGAGGAACAGCCGUCCGUCCAGAGGGGGCGUCGAAUACUCCAGCUGCCCCCGCAGGAGACUCCAGUCAGGAGUCCAGUGCCCCUGGGAGGCCUGUGGGGACAGACGCUCCAGAGGUACCUGCUGGUCCUGCUGCCUCCGCCGCCGCUGCCCCCGUGCCUAAAUCCACUUCCUCUUCCUCCUCAGGGUCAUCAUCAACAGUCACAGCACCUCCUCCUUCCAGCUCCUCAUCAGUGGAGAGUUCGGCCCCUUCCUCGUCCCCCGUCACCUCCUCCCCUGACUCUGAGCAGAGGAGUCAGGCCGACACGGCGGGGACACCCACGCCGACGGCCACGCCCACGCCCACCUCAGAACCUGCACUCUCAGAGUACGGUCCUCACCGGCUGCCCAUAAGUUUAGUGUGUAGGCGUUUGCAGAGGUUACUACGGCUGGCCGACCCCCCAGGACAGGGUCAGCGAGCGGCCCGUUCUUCUUCUUCCUCCGCAGCCCCUGAGAGACAGUCACAAAGAGCUGCUACCUCUGCUGCUGCUGGUGCUGCUGAGACGCAACCCCGUACAGAUUCCCCCUCGUCUGUGGUAAACAAACAGCUGGGAUCCAUGACUCUUGAUGAACAGCAGGGAGGAGCAGAAGCUGCAGGUUCACCUCCUGAUGAAUCUGUAUCUGCACCAGCCACCAGCAGCGCUUCCACCACCUCCUCCUCCACCGCCGCCGCCACCACCUCCUCCUCCUCCUCCUCCUCCUCCUCCUCCACCACCACGGCCGGCACCAGUCGACCGAGCGCAGCAGAGCCGGUCCUCAGCUUACACUACAGCUCAGAGGGAACCACUACCAGCACCAUCAAGCUGGACUUCACUGAUGAGUGGAGCAGCACGUCCAGCUCUAUGGGCAGCGGAGCUCCCAAAACAUCUGAGGCCGUGGCCGCACAGAGCAGAGCGAGUGUGAAGACGGAGAGCUCAGUGUCGGAGCAAGCUCCCUCUGAGUACCCGAAGCAGCAGAGUGUGCCGGCCGCCUCUGCAGAGCCCCCGUGUGACGCCUCCUGCUCCGGUGCCGCCGGCAGCUCGUCAGCUCCGGCCCCGGCGGGGGGCCCCUCUGAGGGCAACGGCGUGGCGUCUUCACCGGCGGAGAGGAGUCAGCCGGAGGGUACGGAGGACACAUCGGGAGGCUGCAGGAGAGCGGAGCCCACAACGGAGGAGGGCCACUGUGGGAGGGGGCCGCAGUGGAGAGGCCCUCUCUCACCAGAGUGGGCGGGCCAGAGUCAGCCCGCACGGGGCAACCAGGACUCUGAUGACAGCGAUGACGAUCCGAUCCUCAUCCCAUCAACGAGGCUCAGGGGACAGGGACAGAGAUUUAAUACCAGAGGAUCUGCAGUAGGAGAUAGGAUGAUCAGACGCUCGGCGGCAGCUCGUAUCCAGGAGCUGUUCCGCAGGAGGAAAGAGAGAAGGGAGAUGGAGGAGAGCGAGACCCAGAAUAUCAGGAGACCCUCAGUCAAAAUGGUCUACAAGGGUCACCGCAACUCCAGGACAAUGAUAAAGGAGUCGUGUUUCUGGGGCAACAACUUUGUGAUGAGCGGCUCAGACUGCGGCCACAUCUUCAUCUGGGACAGACACACGGCAGAGCACCUGAUGCUCCUCGAAGCCGACAACCACGUGGUGAACUGCCUGCAGCCGCACCCCUACGACCCCAUUCUGGCUUCUUCAGGGAUAGACUAUGAUAUCAAAAUUUGGUCGCCACUGGAAGAGUCGCCAUCUUUCAACAGAGUCCUCGCUGACGAGGUAAUAACUCGGAACGAGCUGAUGCUAGAGGAAACGAGAAACACAAUCACAGUUCCAGCCUCUUUCAUGCUCCGAAUGUUGGCCUCCCUUAAUCACAUCAGAUCAGAUCGACUAGAAGGCGAUCGCUCUGAAGGUUCGGGCCAGGAAAAUGAGGAUGAGCAGUAGCCUGCUGGCAUUUUAUUAUAAAGAAAACACUAUUUCUUCUUGCUGUAUAGCACUUGAAAAAAAGAUUUGUACAAGUAUAGUGUAGAAUACUUCCUUUUGAAAAUUAGUAUAAUUUCUAGCCCCCCUGUUUUUUUAAGAUGACUUUCUUACUGAUGUUUCUGUAUGAGGAUAAACUACAUUUGUGUGAAUGCAAAAGGAAAGGACGUCAGUAUAUAUAUAUAUAUUAAGUGUGAGAAUAAUGGCGACUGGUGUGCAAGGAUGUUAAGUGCAAUAUUAUUUUGUAGGAGAGAGUGAGCUUUGAUCAGUGUUAACGUGUGACAUUUUGGAUUUGUAGCACAAAGCUAAGAAUUGUUGAUGUGCUGCUCCGGCAGUUACGCAUGUGAACAAGGACUUUAAGUAAAACAAACUUGGAAAAUGCUUUAAUUUUGUUGUUGGAAAACCAGAAUCAAAGCUGAGGUUCUUCUCCCCAAAGGGUCACGUCACUAAAUUAUAAUCUUUUACAGAAUUUGGAAAAAAAAUAAAAGUCAAUGGCAUCUCAAAGAUGUUGGCACUUGUCCAGAAGACAAACGCUAAUGGUGACUGUUCAUUGAUCAAACAAAUUAAUUCAAAUUAAUUCAAGAAUUAAACAAUAAUCUCUGUACAUCGUUUACAGACUUGCACAGACCUCUGGAGAGAUGCUCUGGGUAGAUACUAAGUGAAGCAGCAAUAAUUGUUGGCAGGAUACGUUUCGUGGAUGUCUGCAGUCUUCACCAAACUGACUUUUUCAACUGUAUAUAAAAAUAAUUCCCAGUAAUAUAAUUAAUUGGACAUGACAUGGACCUGGUAAGUGCCAGAAAUUUGAUGGAUGGAUUAAGCAAUUUAGAAAAAUAAUUUAUCUAAGUGAAGUUAAUUAAGGUUUUUGCUAAAAUAAACUUUUGUGAGUCUUUGCUACUGUGGCUAGUGGUAACAACAGUGUUUGAUACAGGUCUGAUGGUUCUGACUUUAUAACUAAUGUUACUGUUUACGGCAGGUAAGAAAAAAUAUUCAAGAUGAAAUGUAAGACUUAAGGUCUUUUUAUUGAGGGAACUGAAUUCAAUGCUUUAACAUUUUUCAGGACUUGCAGACACCCUGGUAACGCUGUGAAAUCACAGCAGCACAGAACAGGACAACAAUUUGUUCAAAAAACUUUAUGUAAAAAAAGGUAAUAGAAGAAUCUUAAUACAAAACUUUACUGGAAAUAUUGGUAUUAAUAGUUACUGUAUAGUGAAAAUCAAAAGGUUACAUCACUUCUCAGGUGUACAGCUUUUUCUUACAAAAGUAGUACCUGUUCAAACGUAAUACAAAAAUACGAGGUAAGACUGAAGCAUCAGAAUUGUGCUCUACACAUUACAAAUCUCAGAGUUCCUUUUAUAAUAGCAAAGGAAAUGGUGGAGUGUAUAAACUGAGGUAAACCACAUGUACCACCAAAUUAAUAAAUUUUGUAGUUUAACACCAGUUUUUUUUCCUUAAGACAGAACUUGCCCUCUGAUUUAACACUGAACACGAUUUCUUUUUCAGUGAGUUGACUUUCAGUGACCAAUAGUAAUUUAUUUCCGUCAUGUCUUUGCAUUGCCCAUUUUGUGCACAAUAUUAUGAAAUGUGGGCCCUUGCUAAUGCAUUUUCGUUGAUAUAACAAUCUUGAAAUAUUAAUAACAGUCGGUCUCCAAAUGACUAAUUUUGGACUUCAUUACUUCAUGAGUCUGUUUUCUUGUUACCUCAUUUGGUCGUCACUACAUCCCUGCUAUUAUACAGCUUCGCCUUGGACUGUAUCCAAAAACUCUGACCAAACAGUAAUAAUCUCCUUCUCUGACAUUAAGCAAGAGUGGUUUCUGUGAGAACAAGUACACACUGUAUGUUCAAGUGCAAUUACUGUGCAUGUCCACAGUCGUACGUAGCAGAUCCCUGCUCCUAAAACACAAUAAGAAACACACCUUAAUCUUUAUGUACCUUAAUAAUACUACAAGUGUUGACAGAUUCUGUUCAUAUGGUGAAGCUCAGGGCUGGGCAAUACAUAGAUGGACUGUAUCACUGUAAUAACUUUGAAUUUCAAUACACAAGUUCAUUUUCAAAAUGUGCCUGUUUCCUAAACCAAAUAAAUCCUAUUCAUUCCUAUGUGCUUGAACUUACAGCCAAUUUAGUAGACCUGCAGUGAUUAGUUGACUAAUCGAUUAGCUGAUCGAUAUAAAAUUAAUUGUUGGCUAUUCUGAUACUCAACUAAUGAUUUGUCAUUAUUGGAUGGUUCUAGCUUCUCAGAUGUGAAGACUUGAUGCUUGAUGUCGUACAUACAGUAAUAAUAAACUGAAUAUCUUUGGCUUUUGGACUGUUGGUCAGACAAAACAAGACAUUUGAAGAUGUUAUUUUGUGCUGUGGGAAAUUAUAAUGGGCCUUUUUUUUUUCCUAUUUUCUGGGCUGAAAAUCUGGGCUUGAAACAGACUUUUCUUACUGUAACUAAGAAGAACUUUUGAAAGGGAUCUGGUAGCAGUGUUUUGAGUCCUUUGGAAGAUAGAAAUGACUGUAUUCUUUCAUACUGCCCAGCCUUAAUGAGGUGUGUGUUCUUGUCAUUUCCAUGGACAUACAAUAACAAUAAUAUAUAGUAGUAAACAAUUUACUACAACAUUCAGACCAUUUAGGUUACAGUAGUUAAGUCUUCCUGUGUGAUAACAUACAAAAGCUUGCAAAGAUUGGUGUGCACUUUGUGUGGUCCAUCAUAGUGGAAUGAAUAAUGUGCCUCUUCCUGUUUCCUAAUAAUUUCAAGUAUGGGGUACCCAUGUGUAACAAGACUUCAUAAUGUGUACCAAGGAGCAGGAAAAGCUCCAAUCUGAAAGGUCUCAUAUAUAACAGUGUUAAGGGUGCGAAACCCUUACAGUUCACCAAUAAUAACGGUGUAUGGUCUAAGAGCGUCCAACAAGUUACCAGACC